AUGGCCAACUAUUCUUACCCUUAUCCUGAUGAGGCCUACGGAGCGUAUACGCACGCUCAUGCCGGAUAUGGGAACGCCUCUCCCACAGCUCCCCGGAGAGCAUCGACACAGAAAGAGCUCCGAAGAGUUGAUGAAGCAGAAGUGGUCAUUGGGCGUGUUUUCUGGCUUCCUCCUCAGGAAGAAUUGCCUCCAAGAGCAGUGCGGCGGGCACAUGGAAAGGGCGCCGUCGAAGAGGGCAUAUACAACCACCCUGUGGUCGUCGUAUCCCGACCGGCAGAAGAGCCGCAAGUCGUGCACUUCCAUAUAGUCAGCCAGUCCCUGCCCUUGUUCCGCAGGAACAUCCUGCUUACCAACCCCCAGGUCACCUCCUUCCAGGGCAAACGCCUGCAUGAAAUAUAUUCCAAAGACAAUGAGUUCCACGCUUCGCGGCGAUCAUGGUAUCUUCCCAUAUCGCCGUCCCCAACUCAUCCACAUGUCAAUUCCAAGAAGAUGCAAAAGCGGUAUCCCACCUUGGAAUUGCAGCAUGGCGCUACACUGCGCUGGGACUCUUACGUUAACAUCCGCCACGUCUACAAGAUAGACUGGACGCUGCUGAAACCAUAUGCGAACCCGGAUACGCCAUAUGUGCAAUCUUUCCGCUUCGACCGGGAAUCCUGCGACAAAAUGCUAGCCAAGACCAAGUUUCUUACGAACUACGAGCCCGAAGUACAACAUCCCGUUCAGUCCUUUCCUCAUAUUGAAAGACCACCUUAUCGACAAUCUGGGCGCGUGAUGAUGUCGCAUCUGCCGUUGCGCAUUCCGGAGACGCAAGCGUACUCCAGAGGCCAGGAUUAUAGCCCUCAUAGUCCUAGAGCACCGUCGCUGUACUCACCUAAGUCUUACUCGGAUGAAGGCAGUGUGGUCGGAUCGGAGUACUCGGGUCUCUCUCCGAUCCUGCAGCCGGAUUUUGGCGGGCCUCAAACUGAGUUCGAAAUGAGUACUCCGGUGCCAAAGAAGAGACCGCCUGAUCGGAAGCUGAGGAGAGCUUGGCAUAUCAUGAUUUGGAUUCUGAAAUGGCUUUGGAAGACGCUUUGUAAGAUACGAGAGAGGUUCCUCGGGCGAUAA